UGUCUCCCGCCUCAUCCUCCCAAACUGCAGGAGAAAGAGAAAGUAGCGCUUUACAAAUGUCAACCAUGACUGGAAGAGAUGAUGGUGCGGAGGAGAAGCCCAAAGUCAAAAUGCUGUCUCCAGCUUUUGGAAUUGAUAAAUCACGACUUCAUGGAUCUGGAUUCAGGUCUAAAGGCUUUGCAAUAACCGAUUUGUUGGGUCUUGAAUCUGAUCUCCAGUCUCGCCCAUCUGGACCUGGAUUAAGUGCGAAUGGGGAUGUUCAGAGCGCGGGGGUCGGGGGAUUCCAUUUCACUGGAGGAUCAUUGCCGCUUGGUUUGGGGUUCUUGUGCAGUUUGGCGGCUCAACAGCCUCCGGGGGCGCCGUGCUUCCUGCCUAAUCACCUUCCCCUCCUUCAGUCCCGGUCGGAUACCCAUUUCAUGCAUAAUUUGGAGCAACAAAGAGUUGCUUACUCUGAUGAUGAAUGUCUUUCUGGUGAUCGAAACGACUCGAAAAACUCUGUUAACUCACAGAAGAGAAAGAAAAGGAGGCACAGAACCGUGUUUACCUCACAUCAACUUGAGGAGCUCGAGAAGGCCUUCCAUGAAGCACAUUAUCCGGACGUUUAUGCCAGGGAAAUGUUAGCAAUGAAAACAGAGUUGCCAGAAGACAGAAUACAGGUUUGGUUCCAAAACCGUCGCGCCAAGUGGAGGAAACGUGAGAAGUGUUGGGGUCGUAGCAGUGUAAUGGCCGAGUACGGACUCUACGGGGCAAUGGUGCGCCACUCCAUCCCUCUGCCAGAAUCGAUCAUCAACUCCGCCAAGAGCGGAAUGAUGGGUUCCUGUGCUCCCUGGCUUCUAGGUGAGCCAGCAGGCAUGCACAAGAAGUCCAUGGAAAUUGUGAAAAAGUCCCCAGGAUCGCCAGAAUCAUCUCACUCAGAAUCUUACGCAGAGGAAUCAAAAGGAAAUGACAACGACAUGGCUUGGGCAAACCGCGCCAGUGCAGACGACAAUGAGGACAUGGCGAUUGACCUAUCUAGCACUUCCAAGCAGGACAGCAAGAGCACUUCGAAGUCAUCACCACCGCCUCAAAGAGAAUCAAACAGUGAUUCAGACGAAAGCUAAAUAUAGGAUUUAUAGCCUACAUUGUUGUCCGUUGCACACCAGGAGCUCUCGGACUGACUGCUCAUCUUGAGAACAAUAUUCCAAAGAUGUGCAACGGUGCAAUAAUUUAGGGAUGCACAGUAGCCUACAAUGGGCUUGUUGUCUUCAAACUGUUUUUAAUUAUUUUAUUUGAACGUAUGUUUUAUAACAUGUUUUAUUAAUAAUAUAAGAGAAUAUUUAAUGUUGAACUCCCUGUACAGGACAUCAUUGCUGUUAAUAUGACCUUUUAAGAACCAUAGAAAGAAACUCUUUGCAUUCAUAUAAUUGUAAAAACAAGAGACAGUUUGAACUAUUUAACACAAUUCAAUUACAUACAUUUUGUUGGUUAUAAUGCCUAUUUACUGCAAUAUAAUGGACCAGCUCAAUGGCACAUGGUUAUCAGGCACAAUGUGACACUUUCUGUUGAUAUUGAAUGUACUGAAAGUUUCUACGGUUUAAAAGCAAUUUCAGCAACAACAAAAAUCAACUUAUUAAAAAAUAUUAUUUUGCAAUGAUA